CCGCCGGGGCCGUCAUGGCGGCGCCCAGGGAGGAGGCAGCGGAGCGGCGGCCUUUCGGGAGGCGUUUCCUCACCGAUCCCUCCCGCCUCUUCCAGCACAACGCUUGGGAUCAUGUGGAGUGGUCAGAGGAGCAGGAAGCCAGUGCCAGGAGCCAAGUGGAGGAGAACAGCUCAGAGGUGUUGCCCCAGGAUAAACAAGAGGAAUAUGAGGUGAAUGCUAAGAGGUACUGGGAUGACUUCUACAGAAUCCAUGAAAAUGGCUUCUUCAAGGACAGGCACUGGUUGUUCACUGAAUUCCCUGAGCUGGCACCUCAGAGGAUCCCAAAUCCAACUGGGAAUUCUGUGCCUCUGUUGAGCAACCAAGAAGAAGCCAAGAGUGAAGGCCUGGGCAGCUGUGAAAAUGGGCACUGUCCCUUGCAAAGCAGGGCAGGGAAUGAGUUCAGCCUCCCCAAAACCACACCUGCUAAAAAAAUCUGCAGAGAAGAGCUGAAUCCAAGGGAUGGAGAUUACCCAGGAUCAUCUGCAUCCUACAGGAUAUUGGAGGUUGGAUGUGGUGCUGGAAAUACAGUCUUCCCUAUUUUGCAAACCAACAAUGAUCCAGGCCUUUUUGUUUAUUGCUGUGAUUUUUCUACAACAGCUGUGGAGCUUGUCCAGAACAAUGCAGGAUAUGAUUCUUCUCGCUGCUUUGCUUUUGUCCAUGACCUGUGCAAUGACCAAAGCCCUUUCCCCAUGCCAGAAGGGAGUCUUGAUGUUGUUAUUCUCAUCUUUGUCCUCUCAGCAAUUCUCCCAGAGAAGAUGCAGUGCAUUGUGAACAGACUGAGCCACCUGCUGAAACCAGGAGGAAUGAUUUUGUUACGAGAUUACGGCCGCUACGACCUGGCCCAGCUUCGGUUUAAGAAAGGUCAGUGUCUGUCUGAUAACUUCUAUGUGAGGGGUGAUGGCACCAGAGUCUACUUCUUCACACAAGAUGAGCUGAACCAUCUCUUCACCACUGCUGGGCUGGAAAAAAUCCAGAAUUUGGUUGAUCGCCGCCUGCAGGUGAACCGAGGGAAGCAGAUGACGAUGUAUCGAGUGUGGAUCCAGUGCAAAUACCGCAAACCUCCUCCCCCCCAGCAGGGAGCAAGAGGGGCAGGGCUUCAGGACCGAGCCUCUUCCCCUUCCCCCUGCAGUGGCUCCUCCUGGGGAUUUGGGGUUUGAUGGAGCUCAGCACCCCCCCAGGACCU